CAGCAGUCCGCAUGCGCAAUUUACUGUUGUCAAUCGAACGUUGAGACAAGGACAUGAAGGAGAUGAACAAUUAACGAGCAGAAGACAGGGGUGACACAGUUUAUAUGUCAUCACCAUGACAACCCCAGGGACCAGUCUAUUCCCAACCAUGACCUCAUCCGGUUUGGACGAGGCAGGGUUAUCGCAGUCUAUGCCAAAACUAGCCAAUGAGGGUGCUCUGCAGAAGAUGCUCACAGACGAGAGAAUGCGCUGUGAAACGCACAAGACAAAUUACCAAACAUUAAAGGCUGAACAUACAAAACUUCAGGAUGACUAUCGUCGUCAGCAGCGAGAUAUCGAACAAACAAAGGAAGAAAGUGGCGCCAUGGAGACUCGAUUUCAGUCCCUUAUGGCGAGGGCAAGCCGAGAACUGGCCGAGAAGAUCACAGAACUGGAGGAACUUAAAACUCAGGCCAUAACCCCAGAGAAACUGGAAGUUAUGAAGGUACAGAUCGCCGAGAAUCUGGAGGAACCUUUUCGGGAACGGUUCGGCAAAUUGGAAGAGGAGCUAGAGCACUACCGUAGUGAGUACAACAAGCUACGUUAUGAACACUCAUUUCUCAAAUCGGAGUACGAGCAUGAGACAGCAGAGCAUAAACGCAUCAUGGAAGAGAUGAAAUUACAGUAUGAGACCGAGAUUGAAAAUCUACACAAAGACAAGGAGGCCAUAAUUGCAAAGUUCACUCAGGACAACAGCCAUGAUGGACAACGCGUCCGCACCCUGCAACGUGAUAAUGCGCAACUUCACCUCAAGGUCAAAGGGCUGUUGAGUGAAUUAGAGGAGAUCAGAGCCCAGAGGGAACAGACAGGGUUACAAUCCGACCACGUAUCAAGAUUGCAGACACGACAACUAACAGAACAUGUAGCUACAAUUAAGGCACUAGAGACGGAGAAAGAAUCAUUGAAACUGCAUAUUGAGCAGCUGGAGAAGGAUCUGGUAUCUUCCAUCGACGGGCAGAGGGCGCUGUCAACCAAGGCCCAUGAUGCCGAGAAACGGACCAUGGAACUGAGAGGUCAGCUGGAGGAGGCACUCCACCAGCGGAAGAUGGAGGUAACUGAGUUGAGGAUGGAGAUGGUCAGGAGUAAAGGAGAACUUGAAAGGGAGAGGGAUGUUUUGGCCAACGAGUUGGAAGGCUGUCAGUCCAAUCUUGAGGUAUACAAGAAGUCGGCCGAGAUGCAGACGUCGGCCAUUGCUGAGAGGGAGAAAGAGGCAACACGUCGCAUCCAGUCAGCUAGAGAGGAGGAAUGGGAAAAGAUUACUAAACUAGAACAACAAAAUUUGGAUCUUGAGGCGAGAAUCCAUGAGUUUGACAAGCUGAAGAUAGAGGAAGAUUCCCAGAAGCACGCCGAAAAGGAAAGAUGGGAGGAGCUUCUCAAAACAGCCAAUCAGAGAAGAGAUCAGACGGAAAAGGAUUUGCUUACACUCAGGGCUAAAAUAGAUCACCGUAACACCCUCGCUGAAGACCUAGACAAGCAACAAUCCCAAUGCAAUGACCUCCAGCAACAACUCCAACAGACCACUAUGGAGCUUCACAGCAUACAAGCCAUGGAACAAGAGCUGACCUCUGAGAAUGACCGCCUUAAGACCACCACCAACAUGCUGAGGGAUGAAGUCAGGACGGCACGGCUUGAGACGGAGAGGUCUACCGAGAUGUCAAUGGCAAGGCUGGAGCAACAGAGGGCCUCCUGGGGUGAUGAGAGGGGGCAGCUAGAGAGGAGGGUGGAAGAGCUGGAUGCAGAGAUUAGGGCGGGGCAUCAGAAGACAGAAGAAGUGGCACAGAUACACCGAAAGAAAAAAAGGAAGUACCAAAAGGUGGUCGACCGGCUGACUGAAAAAAUGCAAUUAUUACAGGCUAAAAAGGAAGAGUUGAAACUAGAGAAACAGGCGCUUAAAAAUCAGAUUCCUAAGCAGACUUAUGCCAGGGCGGUUCAGCGAUUGCGAGACCUCCAGCGACGCCACACAGAGUUUAGGAGCCUCCUAGCUGGUGCCAAUGCCACUCUGCCCCUUACUGAUGCCUCAGGCCCCAUAGAGACAUCCACUCCAUUUGCACCCAAGAUGGCCACUGACCAGACAAGACUUCAUAAUGAGGACUUAUCGUACCUCCGUCGCCGUUUGGACGAGCUUGGGGACAACCAGAAGCUUCAGAUGGACGCCCUGCUUGGGGAAGCCCCACUCAGCGCUCGGACUGACAUCCUGUCCCCGCGGAGUGAUGACGAUAAAGAGAAUUAAGACUAGAGUUAAGACUGUUAAGACAUAAACUCCAACAUUAUCAUGCAUCGAGUUUGAACAAUUCAACAAUGGAGUGUUCUUAGGAUAUGCCCGCUGCGUGCCUUAGGUGUUCAUUCAAUCUAUGGAAAAAGAACUUGGUUUAAUGUUGUGUGUGUGUGUGUGUGUUAUCUUUGUGUAACCACUUUGAGGCAAUUCAUCCUGGCUGCCAUUUUUUGCUGGAUAGCAAAUUUAUGCUGUCCCAUUGGUCUAGCCUAAACCCAAAUUUCAUCCAGCUGCUUACCAAAGAAUUUUACUCUUACAGCACCUGGUAAUGUGCGUUCUUCUGUGGGAUGAGGCAAGCACAGAAUUCUACGGUAAGCAGCCCCAUGACAUUGGGCUCUGGUUAAUUUUGCCAUCAAGCAUGUCACAUGGUACUGUCCACUGGUUUGCUCAGCAGACACGGAAUGAACUCGGCAUUCUCCAUUUUCUAUGGUUUCAAUCAUGUCAGAAGAAAGGAUUUAUUUUACCUGCCCCUUUUUUACUUUUAUAUUUUUCUGAAUGAAACAUGAAUUUUAAUUCCUGCUUUCUCAAAUACAAUGCCUUUAAAAUAGAGCCUUGUGCAGUGUUCAAUGGAUCAAUUGACACACAGGCAUUAAAAAUACUCCUAGAGUAAUGUAUACGUAGCUUUAAUUCAAAGUAAGAUGUUGCGGUUGUACUGAUAAUUUGAUCAAACUGAUAUGGUCAUGUUUGUUGCACCCUCUGUUUUAUCAAAAUGCUUUUUAUUACAGUGGAUUAUGUUGAAGAUAAUUGUUUUUCAUUCAUAAUUGAGAGCCAAGAAAGAACAAAACAGUAAUGAAUUUUCUCGCGUAAAGAGAACUUGUUUUGUUUAAGCAAAAUUUAUUUGAGGUAAAAUCUACGAGUAUUUGUAUUUAUUUAUUUAUUUUACAUGUACAAAAAGUCCCUAUUUUGACCAAAUGGUCACAUUUUAAACUUCUUUCACUUUUGUCAAAAAACAUCAGGAAUAAAACACAGUAUUCAAGUUGCAAGUUUAUAACGUUAUUUUUUUUUUAAGCAUACAAACAUUCCAUCAGUCAAUUCAAUGAACUUUCCAAUAAUAUUCACUGCCCACAAAAUGCUGCAGUUUGAGACAUGAAAUAGUUGUUGAGUCAUUAUGUUUAUGUUGUGAUUGUGUGUUUUUUAUUAAUAUCCUGCAAUAUUUUGGUGUGAACGUUGUGUCUGGGUCAAAUUUCAUAAAGCUGUUUACUACUUAGCAAAUUUGUAUUUUGUAAUGCAUGUAUAGCAGACAGAAAAAUUUGCAUAAGCAAAAUUAUAUUUCAUAAGCGAUCAAGAAGAAUUGAGUGUGUGUGAAUGCGCCUUCAUAAAGCGCCUUCAGGUUAUUCUUUUGAUUUGCUUACAGAAAGCUGUGGUUAUGAGGCACCGGCGACAUUACCAUUUCACAUACACCAUCUGUAACUGGUUUCGUGCUUAUUUUGCUUACUAGAAAACAGUUUUAAAAGCAACAUUUGCUUAAAGGCAGUGGACACUGUAUUGGUAAUUACUCAAAAUAAUU